AGAACAUAUCAGGUUAAAACACAGUCUCAGCUUUAUAUUCUACCUAAUUACCUUCUUCAUCUGAGCUCGGUCGUUUCCUCUCAGGUCUGAAAGCAGGAGACAUUUUAUUUCCAUUAUUAUUUUUCAUAGCAUAGGGAUUAGAAGCUCCAUUCUAAUGGAAAUCCGAAUUUGCGGAUAAAAUGCCAUCGUCUUUGCGCAAUGCGUUUGCGUCGUUGUGCGUUCACGCUGCCCGACUUCAUCAACCAGAGAUUGUAUCAUAGGUAAUAAGAGAAUUAAGAGCAAUGGCAUCUAAACACCCUCUUAUUGCAACCCUGAAAGUGUGUAUUUUGGAGCUGCAGACUGAAGACACUGUGACUGAUGCAAGUCCUCAGCUAGCUUCAUGCUGUGAGCUACUGGAGCUCAUUCUGCGCAAAGGACUGCUGCAACCAGUGCUGAGUUUGACACACAGAGACUACUGGUGUUGUUUUGAGCAGUUAGUUCAACUGGACACAUGUGGAAGGCUUGGAGCUGUCUCUUUAGCCGUACAGCAGACCACAGCGUGUCCCAAACUUCUCAGCGCUCAGGGCCGGGGACGCUACUUCAUCCGCCUAAUGCUGAGCAGGAGAACUCUGGGAAAUGUAGUCAUCCAUCUUCUACACACAUCCAGCAUUUUGGAGUGGUACAGUUCAGACAUUUCUGUAUUGAGGAAUGAGGAAUUUGUAGAGCCUUUUCUCUCCUUGUGUCUGGUUCUCUCUGAAAUGGAGUUCAAACUCAACAUACACAACUGCAGCUUUCUGGAUGAGAGUUGGCUGCUCCCGGUGUGUGAAACGUAUGAGGCAGUGCCGUGUCGCGAGCUGGGGAUGGUUCUCAGAUAUCUGGACAGGCGUGUGUUUGUGUUGGAGCUGCUCCGAGGUGGUGUGGCUCAGGCAGACAUGUUUGCAGAGCCUGGAGACAUCAUUGAUGAAAUUAACGGCAUCUCACUCAGAAAUUCCAGAAAUGGACAGGCAGGUGUGGUGCUGUCCAGAUUAAAAGGACAGCCACUGUCCUUGCGCCUGUUGCGCUGGAGAGGUGAGAACGGCACCGUGUAUCGCCCCCUGGUGCCGCUUUUACGCCAGCUGAAGCAGGAGAAUCCCGCGCUGGAGUUUGGCUCACCUCUUCCCAAACCAGCGAUGCAGCAUGAAAACCAGAGCCAGUGUGUUAAAGAGGGACGGAUCCUGUAUGCAGUGCAGCUGUUAGGAAAAACAAACAUAGGAAUGUAUGGAGGGAAGGAGGUUCUGCAGUACGCCAUACCGGCUGUGCUGCAAAAGAGGCAGAGCAAGAAGGACGUGCUGUUGGACGUGAAGGAGACGCACCUGACUUGCACUGAUAAAUCCAAUAAACAGCAGCAGCUGUUCCAGCAUCACUUUCCUGAGAUUUCUUGUGUGGGGAGAUUCAGCCAGCCAGAUUACACCAUCUUCGCCUUCUGUGUAGGAGAUACUCCAGAUACGGGUUUCUGCUGUGUGGUCCUGCAGGCAACAUGCAGCGCUGAAUGUGAUGAGAUCGUCCACCGCAUCGCUGCAGGGUUUAAAAGCACUGAAUGGUUUGUGUGAGGAAAACACGUAAGCACAGUGUAACGUGCGGGGACGGACGCCGCCGAUGGUGAGGAUCUCACUUGGAUCUCCAUUGUAAGCUCGAUUGCCUGCAGUAGCAGAUCAGACCCAAAAGCAGGAAUUUAGUACAUGCACUGCUUUUAGUUAACAAAACAUAUUCUAACAAAACUUAAACAUACAUUAUGACAAAAACUUAGAUAACCUAAACAAAAUGUGACGUGACAUACGGCUAAGUAUGGUGACCUAUACUCAGAAUUUGUUCUCUGCAUUUAACCCAUCCAAAGUGCACACACACACAGCAGUGAACACACACACACACCGUAAACACACACCCGGAGCAGUGGGCAGCCAUUUAUGCUCAAGGGCACCUCAGUCGUGGUAUUGCCGGCCCCAGACUCGAACCCACAACCUUAGGGUUAGAAGGCAAACUUUCUAACCAUUAGGCCAUGACUUCCCCCACGAACAUGGCUAUAAAACAUGACUAUAAAGGCGUCCGGCCUUACGGCUCGCCCCUGGUGGUAUGGCAAGGAACUGUCGCAGUUACUUCAGACACAAUGACUAACACUGAGGUUCACGUUUUCACGAAAUACUUCUUUUAUCAGUAAAACACUCAGUACAGGGCCGGGCUUGGCUUCAGCCAAGUGUUCUGUUGGGCACAACAUGACUUUUAUAUUCAAGCUGGAACACUAAAUUAUUUACUUAGUGUUAAAUUUUAUCUCGUUGGGCAGUUUCUCUUUUUUCCAGUGUAUAUGCUACAUAAAUGCCCUCCAUGACCACUUUAUUUUUGUAUAUGAUUAUUGCACGAUUCCUGUCUGAUCAACUUUUGAGCACAUUAUUAGUUUGGUGUUGGAAUAAUUUUAGUCUUUCUACAUAUGAAAUAAAAAGAUGACUCUAAAUGUCUAAAUGACUUUAACUCUAAAUGUCUGUCCCAGGUGUGUAAAUUUAAGACUUGUGAAUAUAUGAAGAGAUUUUAAAUCUAAACUCACUAUCCACUUUAUUAGGAACACUUGUACAUCUGCUCAUUCAUGUAGUUCUAUCGUCAGCCAAUCAUGCUGGGUUUGGGUGAAUCUGUGCCCAUGAUAGCCUCACGUUUAUGUUCUAGGUUCUGGAUCUACCUCAAGGUUUGUUGUGUUGUGUGUUCUGACACCAGUGGGAAAGAGUGAUUAUAUGAGUUACUGUGUCCAUUAGACCCUCUCUUAACAAGGUGGUUCCACACACAGAACUGACACUCUCUCAGUGUGUAUUUGCUUUUUUUUUUUGCUUUUAAACUCUAGAGACUGUUGUGUAUGAAAAUCUAAAAAGUUCAGCAGUUUCUGAAAAACUCAAACCAACGCAUCUGGCACCAACAACCAUGCCACGGGUAAAGUAGCAGAGAGCACACUUUUUUUUUUUUUUUUUUGAGGUUUGAAAUGAGUAUUAGCUGAAGCUCUUGACCUGUAUGAUUUUAUGCAUUUGAAAGAUGAAAUCUGUAUGAUUUUAUGCAUUUUUUCUGCUGCCACAUGAUUGGCUGAUUACAUAACUACAUAUAUGAGCAUGAAUGUUCCUAAUAAAGUGGCCAGAGAGGGUAUUUCCACAAUUUAUAUUGCUACUGUAAUGAACAUGAUAUAUAUUGAUUAUUUUUACAAUUUCUUCACAAUUGUGUUCUAAACAUAUUUAAAGUACGGCCUGAUUUUUUUUUUUUUACUUUCCUCAGCACUAUUGCAACUCAGUGUGUAACUCUUGUUUAAAAAGUGUUGCAAUCUUUGUUGCUUGUUAAUAAAAAUAGAAUGAAAUGUCUGGAAAAAAAGACAAACAUUUUUAAAUGACCUACUUAUUAACAAUGAAACCAUAGAGAAAGUUGGGAAGAGAGGAUCAACAUGUGUUUAAAAACAAACCUGUUUAUGUAGAAAUUUAUGAUAAGUAAAAGUAUAUAACAUACUGUA